GUUUCCCAAAGGAGGUGCUAACAUCAAUGCACUGGCCUCUGCCCAGGGCCCAGAUAGCUGCCCCGUGGAUCCUCCAGGCUCAUCUGGGCCCAUGCUUUGCCUCCUGGGUGACUGUCCCCAUGUGGGAGGUACCAGACUUGAAUAAGCAUCCAAAUUGUCUGGGAUCGUGAAAUGCAGAUUCUGACUCUGUCAGCCUGAGUGAGACCCAAGACUAUCUCUAAAAGACUGUCAGGCUAUGUGGCUGCUGGUACAGGGACGACACUGAGUAGCAAGGGGCAAUGUCAAACCUCAUGUUUCCGGUCCUUAGGGGUUCCCUAGGUGAAUGCAUUUCACUUAGCUCCUCAGCCCCAUUCACUAACGAGGAACCCAGUGAGGGAGACCCAUGGUGACCCAGCUCCUUCCGGCUGAUCUAUCUUAGACUAGGACAAAGCCCAGCAAGCAUUAGCAACAGUGUAGCAUUCCAGACUGAUGACCAGAGACACCAGAGAGGCGAGUCUUCUGUCAGGACCCUCAUUUCCCACCCUACGUAGGAAACCCCCUGUUAAUUUGUCCCAAUACCUGGCUCGCGCUGCUCCCCCAGCUGCUCUUCGGCUUCCCAAUGUAGGUCACCCCUUUCCUGAGGACGCUCUGCUUCCCUGGAGUGGGAAGGGUCCUUUGGUUGGAGGUGUGUGGGUGGAUACAGGGCCGAUGGACUUGGAAGAGCUGGCUCCCCUCCAUCCCCUGGGGGAUUGGAGGCUCUGGUGCCCAGUAGGAAGCCUAGAGGCAGGAACCUGGACAGCAUAGCAGUCUCCUCAUGGACCUGGGGCUUUGUUGUCUCAUACUUCUCCAAAGCACACCGAUUAAUAGUCUCCAGCUGUCUCACUAGACCAUGCCAUGGGUUGUCAUGGGUCACAGGGUCCGGCCCAUUCUGUUUUGUGCACAGGGCAUCCUAUUCAAGGAUAGGGAUGGGGUGCUGGCCCUGCACUCAAGAUUACCUACUCUGCAGACUGACCAUUUGCUGGUGGACACCCUGGUCUCCUUAAUGAUGGGUUGGGAAUGAAGAACCUGUGAGGGCAGGCAGGAGCCUCAGGAAGAAGCGGGGUCUGAGCAAGUCUGGGAGGGUCACUCCGUGGCCUGUGUCCCCGUAGGGAGCUAGAAGGAGCCAGAGCCAAGGCUGGACUGGCUUUCUGGCCCCCAAUGGCCUGAGCAUAGUAAGUGUCUGGGGAGAGGGCCCGCCCCGCGGGAAGGGCCCCUGUGCAACUGCCUGCUGGGGGUAUUCGGGAACUUCGAAUGGGGACUUUGGCAUCUCUGUUGCAUCCGAGAAGUCCUGGACUCCUGCCAGCAAGGCGUGAGCGUGUGUAUGUGUGUGCAUGUGCGCUUGUGUAUCACGCGUGUGUACAUGUGCUAGCACAUGUCUACGUGCAUAGCUGUCCGUGAGGGUGUGUUUGCACCACAUGCUGAGUGUGGCGCUCAGAGCGCGUGUCUGGAAGGCCGGUGGGUGUGAACUCCACUCCGUGCACACAUUAGUAUUUCUCCCUUAAGGGCUGCUGCUGGAUGAUGGGCACGGGGGAGUGGAUGUGCAGCCUGACUCAGAAGCCUACUAUCCAGUCCAUGACUUUCGGUGUGACCUUGGGCAGACUGCUGGGUGGCUCUGUUGCUUGGGUGGCUGCCGAUCUGCCUACUCCUUCACAGAUGCAAUGAGCUCCCUGUGUGAGGGCUUCUGACUGGGUCCUGAGGGUCAGUGCUCGGGGAACACAGAGACUGGACGCUGCAGUGUGUGAAGGCCGCGUGUUGGUGGGUGGUAGUACAGGCUGAAUGCAGUGAGCAUGCGAUGCCUUGAGCUCCGUGUGGCCAUGCCCAGGCUGAGGGUAGUGCGGACAGAUAAGAGAGGUGUUGCUAAUCUGCCACUGUUCCCUCCCCAUGGGGGAGGCACUGGUGUUUGCUCUCACUUACUGGCUCGAGUCCAGGGUAGGAGCAUUCCCCUAACUUCCAAGGUGAUGCACACCCAGUUUAUGUGAACUCUCAAAUCCCACCAUGAAGCAUCAAGCCCAUCACCUUUAGAGAUAAGAAAGCUGAAGCCCAGAAAGUUUAAGCAGCUCGAUUGAAGGAGUGGCCAGACAGGGAUUUGAGCCCAGUGGCCCUGACUGCUGAGUGCUCAGGAUCCACUCAGAAGGCCGAGUGAGCCAGGCUCUCCACACCUCACAUCUGCACCCAGUCCCAGUGAUUUGCUCUGCCAGCUCCUGCACAAACAGGUGUCCUCGCUAAAUGGAGGAAGCGGGAGCUGCUGCAGGAUGAACCCCUGAGCUGAUGAGUCUUAUUAUAGACUGACUGGUGGAAGACAGAGCAUUUGCGGCUCACCUCCAAGUGGAAGUAGGGGCUGGCUGCCUGGUGGCUCACACCUGACUGACCUGCCAGCAGACACUCUGACGGGUCUGUUUUCUACCUUCCCGGGGCCAUGGACUGACAAGCAGCACACACUAAGGGGCACCUCUCUGCCCAGAGCCGCGGAGAGCUCUGAGUUCACCAUGCUGGCGCGGGGCAGUGGCCCUGAGCCGAGGACCCGGCCGAUCUCCUGGAUCACCUGCUGGAUCGCUCUCUGUGCUGUGGAGGCCCUUCCCACCUGCCCUUUCUCCUGCUCCUGUGACAGCCGCAGCCUGGAGGUGGACUGCAGCGGCCUAGGCCUCACCACCGUGCCCCCGGACGUGCCCGCAGCCACCCGAACCCUCUUGCUCUUGAACAAUAAGCUGAGUGCCCUGCCAAGCUGGGCCUUCGCCAACCUGUCCAGCCUGCAGCGGUUGGACCUGUCCAACAACUUCCUGGACCAGCUGCCCAGCUCUGUUUUUGAGGACCUGGCCAAUCUGACAGAGCUGCAACUGCGCAACAACAGCAUCAGGACCCUGGACAGGGACCUGCUGCAGCACUCGCCUCGACUCCGUCACCUGGACCUGUCCAUCAACGGCCUGGCCCAGCUGCCCCCGGGGCUUUUCGAUGGACUCCCUGUUCUCCGCUCCCUCUCACUUCGCUCUAACCGACUGCAGAGCCUGGACCGGCUGACAUUCGAGCCCCUGGCGAGCUUGCAGCUACUGCAGGUUGGGGAUAAUCCCUGGGAGUGCGAUUGUAACCUGCGAGAGUUCAAGCACUGGAUGGAGUGGUUCUCCUAUAGAGGGGGUCGCCUGGACCAGCUUGCCUGUACCCUACCCAAAGAGCUGAGGGGGAAGGAUAUGCGUAUGGUUCCCAUGGAGAUGUUCAACUACUGCUCCCGGCUGGAGGAUGAGAACAGCUCAUCUGGGUUGGGUGCUCCUGGGCCACCCUGCACCAAGGCCAGCCCAGAACCUGCCAAGCCCAAGCCUGGGGCCGAGCCAGAGCCAGAGCCCAGCACAGCCUGCCCCCAGAAGCAGAGGUACAGACCAGUGAGUGUGCGGCGAGCCAUUGGCACAGUGAUCAUUGCGGGAGUUGUCUGCGGCAUCGUGUGCAUCAUGAUGGUGGUGGCUGCUGCCUACGGGUGCAUCUAUGCCUCCCUCAUGGCCAAGUACCACCGGGAGCUCAAGAAGCGCCAGCCCCUGAUGGGGGACCCUGAGGGUGAGCAUGAAGACCAGAAGCAGAUCUCUUCUGUGGCCUGAGAGCCCACCUGCCUGGCCCAGGUAGGAGCGGUAGGGAGCGCACAAUGGGGAUUGCUCUGGAAAGGCCAGUCCUCCCCCUCCAUCACAGUCCCUGCCUCGGCUUGACACUGGCCACUGCCUCUCCCAAUUCCUUCCAGUCCGCCAGCGGAGCAGCCAGAGUGUGUUCAUCUCCAUGAACUUCCAAGUCUCCCUGGAGGCCACCAAAUCUUUGGAGCAUCUGAGGACUCUCCCGAACUUCUGGCCACAGGGAAGAAAAGAUGUGUACGCAAGAGGAGCCCAGUCACAGCUGGGUGACUCUUCCUACCUCUUGUUCAUUCCCACCUCCACUGCAUUUAGGGUUAGGGAGCAAGGGAUAUGGGAGCCAGGGAUAGAUUUCUGUGGCUCUUUGGUUUUUAACUAGAGAGAUAUUCUUAAACUUCCUGCAGUGGAAAGCUGGGUCCAACUUUCAACAGUGUACUGAUGUGCAAACACACCAACCGAUAAUCUGGACUUAGUACUUAGAAACACAAUGCUGUGAUUACAACUUCCUCCCUUGGUGAUGCCAUUAUGUCCCUGUGUCUGCUAUAGACCACAAUGACCAUACUACUCUUAGCUUUACUCACUCUCACACACGUGCUGAGCACCAUCAGCACAGUCACAUAGAUUGAAAUAACACAUUCACACAUGCACACACAGAGUUCACUGGACACAGAUAGGGGUCUCCUUGGGUCUCUGGCCCCGAGACCACAGAACCUCUUGCUUGCUGACUGCAGUCUUCUCAAGUCAAUUGGGUGGGGGGAGAGGAUCCCAAAUCAAUAACACGUGGGGUUCCUUUGAGAUCCUCCAAAGUGGGCCACAGUGGUGCUGCUGGAUGAGCCUGCCUGUCACCAUGGCAACCUGCUCACACCUCUCCUGCUGGGUUUUCCAGGGACGUGGCCCAGAGGCCUGCAGGCUGCUGCCUAUGUAAAUGGCAGCCUCUUGAGAGCCCAGCUUCAUAUUCUGGGUGUUUCCUCUGAGCUGCCAGGUUCAUCCUCAUUGUCAGGCCCCAGGGAACACCCUCCACCUUCACCCUUGUAGCCUGCAGCCUCAGCUCUGCUCCUUCGCACCUUCCACUCCCUCCAUCUCCAGCAUCUUCUGCCUGUGACCUCAGGGCUAGCACUGGGCUGGGUUGUGGUCCUCCUUGGGGGAAGCAGAUGGCAGGCAGAUGGCACAGUGGCCCUUGUAGAGGCUCAAACUCACCAAUGCAUCACUAACAGACACCAGAAGCAGGGACAGGACUGUCACAUCCUAUGCAGAGGCCUCAGUGUUAAGGCCUCCUUCUUGGGUAAAGAUAGUGGUUUUGUUUGCUUAGCAGGGCUUCUAAUUGCAGCUGGACUGUAGUCCAAACUAGAGGGUGGGCCAGGGACACAGACACCUGCCCCCAGUCAGGUAGAUUUCAGGGCAUUUGACUCUAGUUCUAGGCUGCCCCCUCCUUCGGAGUCUGAUUUCUCAUGGUCCCCUUCUGCUGAACCCCACUUCCUCAUAGUCAGAGAGGCUCAGGAGGUACCAGGUUGGCUUCUGGCUCUAAAGUAGGGAUCUUGGUGAUAGCACAGGAAGAGGCCAGCUAGAACUCUGAAGGUGCCAGAGCAGGAUCUCUCUCCAACCCUCCCUACUCAAAGAGGAGCGUGAUAGAAGGAGUGUGUGGAGAGCCCUAAGAAGGUUGUCUCCAGUAGGGGGACAGAGGGCACCUCAGCAGGCUGCUUAUCCAGAUCACAUGCCCCCUCGGCUCAGGCACAGUCUUCCUUUCUCUUUGGGCUUGUGGGCUGAUACCAGAUCUGGGAAUUUUCUAAAGGGCUGGGGGGAGGGAAGGGUGUUGUCAGUGGUGGUAUCUUUAGCCUGAGACAGAAGAUUUUUAAAGGCAAAAUUAUAUUUCUGGUUUGUUGUUUCAGAAGACCAAU